CCAGGGACAAAAUCGCUGCUCCAUGCCAUGCCAUGCAACCAACAGUAAAACAUCCACUUGCAUCAAAAACUACUUGACGCAUUCACUUCGUCUUCACCCACGCCUUCAGCACGCCUUCGAUCUUAUCUGCAACACACACACACACACCGCACACGAACUUGCGCUCCGGUCAGCGAGGCUCCCUACACCGUGUUUGCGUACCGAGCGCCAGCUGGAUGUCUUCGCUGCUGAUGUGAUAAUACGUGACUGCGCGGAUCACAUCACCGUGGAUGGGCAUCACUUUGACGGACACCCCCGUGCCGUUGUCCACCCCAUUCGUCGCCUCAGGCCCUUUGCCGUACUCAAUCGGUUGAGCGACGCGGCCGUCAGUCAGCUCAUGUGCGUCGCUGGUGCUCAGCAGAAGCUCACACAGCUUUGCAGCAGAUAUCUGGGUUGUCCUGAGACAACGGACAGAAAACACGCUGACCUUGCUGUUCAUGUGUUGUGUCUCUGAUGCAUCCGUCCAUCUUGCCUGAACAUGACAAUAUUCGUCUCCACCGCCCCCUCGACCGACACGCCGUAAGAGGACAUCCUGGACAAACCGUCCGCCAGCAUUUUUGCAUUGGCGUGGUCCUCGUGCAGCCGUGCGGGCAUCUUCGUGAGUGAAAUGAGACCAGGGGCAGCCAGCACCUACAGAAGGAAGACUCGCACAGUCAACGAAGCACGACAGAGCAGUAGUGUCAGCGUUGCUAUCUAUCCCUGCUCACCCCAGCCUGUCGCAUGCCGCCCCCGAGCGCCUUCCGCAGCCUUUUACAUCGCUGGAUGAAGUCCUUGCUGCCAACAACCACCGCUCCCGUCGGGCUGCCCAGCCCCUUGCUCAUACAUGCGCUCACACUAUCAGCAUGCUUGCAGAGAUCGGCGACCGACACCCCAAGCUGCACACACAAGCGGCACAUUCGCCGCAAACGGCUGGGAUUAGACCCUGUGUGCCUACCGCCACUGCGGCAUUCAUGAUCCGUGCGCCAUCGACGUGGACCUUCAAUCUGACCACAGCCACAGACACACAACACACACUCAGCGUGUGGUCAUCUGCCUCGCUCACUGUGUCUGUCUUCGGAAGCCUACCUACCCAUGUUUCUUGGCGAUUUGAUGCACUUGUUGCAUGUAGGCCACUGUAAGGACGCGGCCGCCACACUUGUUGUGGGUGUUUUCCAGACAGAUCUAUCAGACAGACACAGACAAUCCGCCGUAUAUACAGCCAGCCACCGGCGUGUCUGCCAAAGGUAGAUUGGGAGGUAUGUGAGUAAAGCCCACCAGUCGUGUUAUCGGGUAGUGCAGAUUGUCCGUCCUGAUGCCCGCCUGCAGACAGACCACACCAAGGAGCCAUCCACAGCCGUCCCUACAGGCAGGUGCUGCUGCAGAUGUCAUGUGUGUGUGUCCACACCUCUAGCGCGUCGAGGCAGAGUGUGCCGUCAGGGAGGUUGGGCACUGUCCGCGGGUGCACACCCAGAAGUGACGAGAUGUUGCCUUGCUCGUAUACUGCUAUCAAUCAAUGAUCGACCCGCACACACACAGACAGACGGACAGGCAUUGGUGUCGCCUGAUUGUGUGUUAAUUUCACGUGCGUGCCGACCGUGUAUGUGGCACAAGUUGCCCAGCAGCACCUCCUCGCCUCUCCCAGUGCAGUGCGCGCCCACACAAACCAAAUUCCCCUGCACACGUACGGCAACAGAUACAGACAGCGAAAAGAGCCAGAGUCGGGAUACUGACAGCGAUACCCCAGCCUAGCCUUACCAUGCAGCCAGACGGCACGAACAACGAGUCCUCCUUCCCGAACAGUGCAGCCGCUGUUGCUUGCAAAUGAUGAACCGUCGGAUCCUCGUCCCAGACAUCGUCACCGACGACUGCCGAGUACAUGGCCUCUCGCAUCUCCUGCGUCGGCUGUGUGAAGGUGUCGGACCGCAGAUCUAUCACCUUCAUCG